GUCACUGGGCUCAUUUUGUUCUGUCUUCUUCACCACAUUUAUAUAUCUCGGAUUAUUACCACAUAUAAAACGGACAUGGAGCACAAAGAUAAACUCUCGGAACUAAAUUUGACGGAAGAAGAAAUAGGAAGGUUCACAAAGGCUUUUAAAGAUGAGAACUUCAGAAAAAUGCUGCGGGACUACGCCGAGGAGAUAUCCGACCCCGAAAAUAGAAAAAAAUACGAAAAAGAGAUAGGCAUCCUGGAGAAGGAGCGAGGCAACAGCGUCCAAUUCAUUCACCCGACUCCUUUCAAGUGCAUCAGGACCAGCGUUAAUGGGCAAAACAAGUGCUACGUUAAUGUUUGUGCCAAUGACAAAAUCGGAAAGCCUUCAUGUAAAAGCGGGCAGUCUGAAGAUGGAAAAAGUGGGCAUCAUUGGUCUCUUCCGUACAGCCUUCACCCAGAGAGGAAAGAGCUGAAUACAAAAGGGAACAAAAUCCUUAUUUAUGAUGUCAUUUUUCAUCCAGACACUCUUCACAUGGCCAGUACAAACAGUAGAUUUAUGGAUAUGGUGACAAAUGCUGCAAUUCAGGGUAUUCAGGAUGGAUUUAAUGUGUGUCUAGAUAAAAAGAACAUUAAAACCAUGAGUACAAAAUAUAAAGGGAACCCACAGGCUUGUGUCAUUCGAAAACCUAUACCUGGAUUUAAAGCAAAAGAUACCCCAAAUGAUCCUGAUCCUCUGGCUUUUCCAUAUCCUAAUAAUAAAGCCGCUGUUUCCAAAAAAGAAGAGCCAAAGAAUGGUAAAAGUCACUCCAAAAAUUUUGCCAAUACCCAGGAGCAAACGCAGCCUCUCUACACACUCAAAUACCGCUCAUUCAUCGAUAUCCAAGACUUCAGGUGCACUAGAGAUUCCAACCAGAGCUCCAGGCCCAAAGAGAUUAUUUUAACUGUUGAGCUACCACUUCUCAAAUCAGUAGCAGCCAUCACUCUUGAGGUCAAAGAAAAAAGUCUUCUGCUGGAGUCACAUGAUCCUGUCUACAAACUAGAGCUGUCUUUAGCCUAUGCUGUAGAUGAGGACAGAGGAGCAGCCAAGUUCAACAAACAGACAAGGCAGCUGGUGAUCACACUCCCGGUACAGCCUCCAGAAGACGGGUUACAUAUAAGCAGCAAUCCUCAGCAGUCUGAUAAUGAUAUACAGGAUUCUGAUGGUGCAUUUAAGAAAGGAAGUGAAAUAGAACAGAAUGACACGGGGCAUUGUACUGAGAGGAGGGCAGUAGAAUCACCAGAAAACUCUGCUGCAGAGGAGGCUGGUGGCAUGUGUGAAAGAGAGGAAGAGGGUAUAGAAGUCAGUCAACAUCAGGACAGAACUGAACUGAGGCUGUGUGUGAAGCAUCAAGAUGGAAAUAUGACAGAGGAGCAUAAGGGAGUUACUCAUGAGAAGGGCCAUAAAGAACACGAGACAACACGCAUAGUCCAAACCUGUGUGGAGAAGGAAGCAGAGAAGGAAGAAACAUAUCAAAUACAAGAUAAAGAGGCAGGGUUAGAAUCAAAAGAUUUAAUCAAAACAGAAACAGAUCAGUUAAGAAAGGCACUGGAGGAUCUACCUGGAGCCUCAGAGACUGUUACAGCUGCAGAGGAGGUGGAUGAAGAUCUUCUGAAACCAGAGAGGGACUUUGAAAAUACAAGUGUUCCCCCGGUUUUGUUGCGGGAGGUAAAAGAGGACGGCUUAGAGCAGGUCAUCAGUGAUCAUGUGACCACUGCGGGCUUCAGCUUCCAAAACUCCCUCUUGUUCGAGCUGGACUGA